AUGGCUUCAUCAGGGACCUCAACCUCCCAGCCGCGCCAGCGUCUGCGCCAGCUGCUCCCUGACCUCAAGCUCGGCAACUGGCCCGCUGGUCCACUCAAUGGCAUCACCGACGUGCCAGGUGUGCUCACUCACACCACCACUCUUCGUCCCUCGUCCAACCCUGGCAUCAAGACCGGCUCGACCGUGAUUCUCCCCCACAAGGACUGGUUCAACCAUGCCGUCUACGCCGGCAUCUUCCGCUUUAACGGCAGCGGUGAGAUGACCGGGUCCCACUGGAUCGAAGAGACGGGCCUGUUGCACUCACCCAUCGUACUGACCAAUUCCUUCUCCGUUGGAGAGGCCUACCGCGGCAUCUAUGAUCAUGCAAUCAAGCACCACAACAACGAAGGCUCUGUGGGGUAUUUCCUACUUCCCGUCGUUGCUGAGACGUUUGACGGCUAUCUGAACGACAUGACCAAAUUCGCUGUCAAGCCCGAACACAUUGUAACAGGUCUCGACGAAGCUUCUGCCGACCUGACCCCUGAGGGAUGCACCGGCGGCGGCACGGGAAUGGUAUGCCAAGGAUUCAAGGGCGGCACGGGGACAAGCAGCCGUGUCGUGAGUGGCCUUGGGCUUCCUGACGCGGAUGGAAAUGCCCCAGAGAAGGACUAUACUAUUGGUGUGUUAGUCCAGGCGAACUAUGGGCGUAUCAGGGACUUCCGUGUGACCGGUGUGCCUGUUGGGAGGCUCGUUAUGGAGCAUCUUGAGAAGGAAGGCAAGGAGCCUACGAUGAUCCACAUAGCCAAGGCUGAGGAGGCCAAAGACAAGAAAGACGGGAGCAUCAUCAUCAUCCUGGCUACGAGCGCGCCACUGCACCCAACACAAUUGGAGCGGCUCGCAAAACGGGCCACCGUGGGCCUGGCACGCGUCGGCGGUUACGGUCACAACCCCUCGGGAGACCUGUUCCUGGCGUUCUCGACGGCCAACAAGAUCCCCGUACAGCAGUACACGGCCGAUAACAAGGCGAUUGAUCCGUUCAAGCCAAGGACCCUCGGAAUUGAGGUGGUAGAUGACGCCACCAUUAACGGCUUGUUUGAGGCUGCGGCGGAUGCCACUGAGGAGGCUAUCUACAAUGCCAUCUGCAUGGCGGAGACAACAGUUGGGCACAAGGGGAAUACGGUUGAAGCGAUCGACCAGGAGCUGUUGAAGAGUAUUAUGGAGAAGUAUCAGUAA